AUGAAGAGGCUGUAAGACUUAUUUACUUCGCACGGAGGUAGAGACAAUCAUACCUCGAUUUAUAAUUUAUAGUAAUCACAACAUCCCAUCUUUGAUUCAAUUCAAUCCUCUCGUUCGAACCUCUCCCGGUUGAUUUCAUGACUUUACUCCUGAUCAAUAUUCACUCCUGACAAACGCCAAUUGAUCAAUUGAAGUAGGUAUUUAGGUAUUCAUUAACCAUUCAUUCAUCACCAUCCAUCCAUCUAUUCUAUCUACCAACACACCUCCUUCUCUACUCGGUCCUCGCACUAACAUUGCAUCCAUCAAUAGCUUCUACACCAUCACACUUUACCUCCGCAAUCGCUAUCUAAAUCGUCGAUUCGAUCUGCUACUUAUUAGUGCCCUGCCUCCUCAAAAUACCACGAAAACCCGAUUCUCCUGGGAUAGGCUACUAUGGUCAAAAAUAAGCCAUCAACCACUCUCCUUCACAAAACAACAAUUCCGAAGGAGACAACGACUACGGGAAUGUCUUCUAACAUGUCGAAUGAGACGAUGGCGCAAGAAGCGGAUGCAAAUGUAUCCUAUGACAUGCCUUAUCUUCACAAGAUAGCAGCUGCUCAAGAGACAGCCGCUCAAGAGGCGCUUCUCCAGGAGAUAGCUUGGAGAGAAGCGGAUCGUACAAGAACAUCUUAUGCCAUACCCCCUUUAUCCGCCGCCCUUUACAAAAUGAGAGAGAAGCAGGAGAUGGGUUCGCAAGGUGCAGCUCUGCCAAGCAUGUCCUCUAACAAAUCUCAAAAACUACCGAUUCGCAGCCUCAAAGCAAUCGUCCCGGGAGAGCACGAAAAUCAAAGAGUACAGAAUCUAGAAACAUAUCAGGUUGAAGAGCAAAACGCACUUGAGCGAAUGUCAAGUCUUGAUAAUCCUACCAACAGCAAAGGAGCCCAAUCGAGUAUGGAAGUCGACAAUGCUCCUGACGAGACAUUAUAUGAGACGAUGAAGAAAUCUAAUGGACCUUCAUCAAUCAAAACCGCAAGCGGUAUUGAGACUAGUCAUGAAACUUUGUUUAGAGAAUACUGUGAGUAUCUAGAAAGAAACUCGUUGGCUGCAAAAGCUAUAAUAGCUAAGAGAGCAAAAAUCGCAAAAGAAGAGACCAGGCUCAAGGGAGCUGGGGAUUAUGCAGAACCAUUCAUAAACUUUAUGACAGAAAAUCCAACGGUAUGGCAUGCUAUCCAAUACUGGGAGAACAAGUUGGAGAAAGCUGGGUUUUCCAAGGUAAGUUCACCUACUAUUCCAUCUUGACAACUCAGGACACUUGAGCCUAAAAAGCACAAAUGCUAAAAAUGUGCUGUUUCCAGCUCUCCCCACGGGAACCGUGGAAUGAUAUACUUGAGCCCAAUGGAAAAUACUACUUGAAUCGUAACGGUACAUCCUUAAUUGCAUUCUCCGUUGGUGGCGCCUACAAAUCUGGAAAUGGAAUCGCAAUGGUCGCAGCACACUCAGAUUCACUUACAGCUCGUCUCAAGCCCAUCAGUACGAAAAACAACAAGGCUGGAUACGUACAACUUGGAGUUGCUCCUUAUGCUGGUGCUUUGAAUGAAACAUGGUGGGACAGAGAUCUUGGUAUUGGUGGUAGAGUUUUGGUCCGGGAUGAAUCUGGAUCCAUUUCCCAAAAGUUGGUAAAAUUGGAUUGGCCAAUUGCACGUAUCCCAACUCUUGCUCCUCAUUUCGGUGUUGGAAUGUUUGGUCAGAAUAACAAAGAAACACAACUCGUGCCAAUUAUUGGACUCGAUAAUUCAGAUUUAUCCUCGUCCUCACCUGAGACAUUUCAAACAUCAGCCAUAUCGGGUGCGAAAUCAUCCUUCAUCUCCACUCAACCACCAAAACUGGUCAAUCUCAUUGCCAAAGAAUUGGGCAUUGAAAACAAGGCAGCCAUCAUCAACUGGGAACUCGAACUCUUUGACACUCAACCAGCUCAACUCGGUGGUCUCGAGAAGGAUUUGAUCUUCUCAGGACGUAUCGAUGAUAAAGUUUGUUCCUGGUCAUCAAUCGAAGCACUAAUUUCCAGCUCUUCCUCCGAAAAAUCCAAAUCCUCGGGUAUUAUCUCCAUGGUUGGUCUCUUCGACGAUGAAGAAAUUGGCUCUCUUCUACGCCAAGGUGCAAAUAGCAAUUUCCUUCCAGGAACAGUAGAACGUAUUGUGGAAAGUUUCAAUUAUUCCACAUAUAGCCCUAAUGUUCUAAUGGAAACAUACGCUAAAUCUUUCCUCGUCUCGUUUGACGUUACACAUGCUACGAACCCUAAUUUCCUCGAAAAAUACCUCGAGAAUCAUGCUCCUAGACUCAACGUGGGACUUACCGUUGGAGUUGAUAGUAACGGGCAUACAACUACGGAUUCUGUCUCAACGGCUAUUUUCCAGAGGUUAGCAGAGAAGUGUGGACAGAAACUUCAAACGUUUAUGAUUAGAAACGAUUCUAGAUCUGGAGGUACUGUAGGACCCAUGUUGAGUUCUAAAAUGGGAGUUAGAGCUAUUGAUGUGGGAAUUCCACAAUUGAGUAUGCAUAGUAUUCGGGCGACAACCGGAAGCAAGGAUCCAGGAUUAGGAGUUAAGAUGAUUGAGGGUGUCUUUGAUGGGUGGGAGGAUGUGGAUGCUCAAUUUGCUGCUGGUAAUGGAUGGUAAAGGUGGUGAGAAAGAUGUUUAGUGUUGGAAAUCUAUCCACUCAAUGAAGGUAAUAGCGUUGAAUUUGGUGGAUAUGAGUAAAUGGGUGAUGAUAUAAGACACAUACAUUGAAUCAUGUGAGUGGGAGUAGGAGGGGAUUAUUUCGUUUUAUUUUCAUGUAUGGAUGGUAUCGGGAUGAUGGAAGAGGUAGAAUAUAUUGCUUUAGAUAAUUCGUAGAUUAGAUAAAACUGUUUUCUAUCUACACAACUGUGUUACAUAUCCUUUC